GUGGCGGAGAGCAAAGUUGCGAGCCCCGGGCACUCGGCUGCGGCAGGAAGCCUGGCGCCGCGGCUCUGCUUCCCUCGGGGGUCUGGGGACAUGGCCAGAAGGGCUCUCAAGCUUGCUUCGUGGACCAGCAUGGCUCUCGCCGCCUCUGGCUUCUACCUUUACAGUAACAAGUACUUGGACCCGAAUGACUUUGGCGCUGUCAGGGUGGGCAGAGCAGUUGCUACGACAGCUGUCAUCAGUUAUGACUAUCUCACCUCCCUGAGGAGUGUCCCCUAUGGCUCAGAGGAGUACGUGCAGCUUCGAUCCAAGGUUCACCUCCGUUCUGCCAGGCGUCUCUGUGAGCUCUGCUGUGCCAACCGGGGCACCUUCAUCAAGGUGGGCCAGCACCUGGGGGCUCUGGACUACCUGCUGCCCGUGGAGUACACCAGCACGCUGAAGGUGCUGCACAGCCAGGCCCCGCAGAGCAGCAUGCAGGAGGUCCGCCAGGUCAUCCGCGAGGACCUGGGCAAAGAGAUCCAUGAUUUGUUUGUGAGCUUUGACGACACCCCUCUGGGGGCUGCCUCCCUGGCCCAGGUCCACAAGGCAGUGCUGCAUGAUGGGCGGACGGUCGCCGUGAAGGUCCAGCACCCAAAGGUGCAGGCUCAGAGCUCAAAGGACAUUCUCCUGAUGGAGGUGCUCAUCCUGGCUGUGAAGCAGCUGUUUCCAGAGUUCGAGUUCAUGUGGCUGGUGGACGAAGCCAAGAAGAACCUGCCUUUGGAGCUGGAUUUCCUCAACGAAGGGAGGAACGCCGAGAAAGUGGCCCAAAUGCUCAAGCACUUUGACUUCUUAAAGGUCCCCCGAAUCUACUGGGACCUAUCCACCAAGCGGGUCCUUCUGAUGGAGUUUGUGGACGGUGGGCAGGUCAAUGACCGAGACUACAUGGAGAGGAACAAGAUUGACGUCAACGAGAUCUCGCGCAACCUGGGCAAGAUGUACAGUGAGAUGAUCUUUGUCAACGGCUUUGUGCACUGCGACCCCCACCCGGGCAAUGUGCUGGUGCGGAAGCGCCCAGGCACGGGAAAGGCAGAGAUUGUCCUGUUGGACCACGGGCUCUACCAGGUGCUCACGGAAGAGUUCCGCCUGGAUUACUGCCACCUCUGGCAGUCGCUGAUCUGGACUGACAUGAAGAGAGUGAAGAAAUACAGCCAGCGCCUGGGAGCCGGGGAUCUCUAUCCACUGUUUGCCUGCAUGCUGACGGCCCGGUCGUGGGACUCGGUCAACAGGGGCAUCGGCCAAGCUCCAGUCACCGCCACUGAGGACACAGAGAUCCGCAACAAUGCGGCCAACUACCUCCCCCAGAUCAGCCAGCUCCUCAGUCACGUGCCGCGCCAGAUGCUGCUCAUCUUCAAGACCAACGACCUGCUGCGCGGCAUUGAGGCUGCUCUGGGCACCCGCACCAGCGCCAGCUCCUUCUUCAACAUGUCACGUUGCUGCAUCAGAGCGCUGGCCGCGCACAAGAAGAAGAAUACCUGUUCGUUCUUCAGAAGGACCCAGAUCUCUUUCAGCGAGACCCUCAGCUUAUGGCAGAUCAACCUUCAUGAACUCAUUCUACGUGUGAAGGGGCUGAGGCUGGCCAGCUGGGUCUUGGCCCUGCUUUCCUGGCUGUUGCCUGCUCCACUCUGAGGGGACUUGCUGCCCUCUCCCCCUGUACAGUGUGACCCUGUGGUGGGCAAGGGGUCUCCCUCACUCCUCACUCUUU